AUGGAUAUCGCGACUGUACCCGACCAUGCCGUCCAUCCAAAGGGUAGCCAAACUCCAGACUUUACCCAACAGAAAGAAGACUUUCCAGCAAAGAUCAUUGCAGCUCACGAUGCCGUCAUUUCUCAGGCCAGAAUUGACGCUGGACUCUCUGACCGCGAACUUGUAACUAUCCAUAACCUCUACCAGAUACAGCUCUACAUUAACUGGCAGACCACGCAGCUUGGGCCCCGGUGCCUUCGUCCGGACGAGUGGCUCACUUAUGCUUGCGACUUCUUCCAGCCAGUGUUUGCUCUUAUACACGCGCCAUCAGCCGAGUUCAGUGCUCAGCUCGGCAGCCUGCGCGUCGACAUAUACCGCUCCCAACGCUUCCCACACGUAUGGACUAAGAUCGUUGGCGAGGAUUUCACCAUCGACAAGGACGCAGCCCGUCAUCUGUCAGAGACCGUUGCUGCGGUUGUUUCCGAGGCGGCUAUGCUAUUCCCUGACAUGAAAAUCUAUCAACGAUCAUACUUGCUAGAUCCUGCACCGGGUGGGCGUGAACGUGUUGCGGGAUACCUGUCUCGAAAUCCCAACACCCAAACCCUCAGCGGCGAGUCUGAUGAUGCUGCUGCCACAACCAACCGUCAGGAAAAGCCAGCCAGUAUCGAAUACUGGCUUAGCAGAAUCUGCGGAUCUCCCAAGCCCCACCCAGCUGAGCAGGUGCACCUGUACGGCGACAGCAGCGUAGCUAGCCCCGACUCCCCCGUUGCCGACCCGAAAAGCGGCUGGUCCAAAACCGGCCUGGGCGAAAGCUGCACCGACCCACUCGCCAUCGCAUUCGACCCCGAACACAAAAACACCACGAUUCGAGACUCGAUCCUGGAACAAGACGGCAUCGAAUACUUCACAAGCGCCAGCGCCUUCUGCGCCCGCCUCCGCCUGCUCGAGUGCUCCGAGGCUCUGACCAUCAGCGACCCGGAAUUUGGCGACGUGUUCCAGGGGAUGCUCCGCGGCUCCGCGCUGUGGUGGUUCAUCAAUGAGCUGGGAGACGAGGAGCGUGAUGCCUUGCGGACGACAUCUAUCGUGGAGCUUUGCAGGGCCAUGAUGUGGCGGUUCCCGACGCUGAGUGAGAGCCAGGCGAGGAGGGUUUUCGAGGACAGGGAGGGGUAUCUGGGCGCUCUCACAGCAGAGGGUUGCUCCAACUGCGUGGACCUGCUGCGGAUUUAUAUCAAGCAGCUUUGCAGGCUUGCGCAGAUCGCCGAGGUUGCAGACCUGCCCGAGACAUACGUCGAGAUCUGGGAGAGGCUGGAGCCCCGGCUGCAGCAAUUCUUCGACAGGCCGAGCCCGAGCACCAAGGACCACGACAGCUUCGUGGCUUUGGUAGACAAAGGACUGGCAAAGGCUUUGAGGGGGGAGAGGGCUCUUUUGGACGAGGAAAACCAGGUGGGUAACAUCGGCAAGUCGGUUCGGCUGGGCCGGAAGGGCUCGGCUCUCAGCCAAGGGGUGCCAGCAGGUGCAGAGGGGAAAGAAGACGAAAAGGAGAGUGUUGAAUCUUACUGCAUGUGCACAUCGUGUUGUGAAAAGCUAGCCCGUCAGGGUUGCAAUGAUAUCAGUGUCUCGGUUGAACAGAAUGUCGGGUUUCGUAUGCGCACAUGGCCGUUUCUGGGCCGGCCCCUCGUAGAUUGA